UAUAAGUACGUUUUGUCACUAGAUAAAAAUGAAAUAACAUAUUAUAUAAAAUUUUUUCAACCAUCAAAAUCAUUGAAGUUCGAUUUAUAUCCAAAAUCAUUUGAGGCACACUUCUAAAGAGCGGUAAUGAAUGUAAUUAAAAAUGAAUUUCUUGUAUAAAGAUUCAUAAAUAUUUCCUUCACUUGAGUUAAACAAUUUAGAAUUUAAAUACAAAUACAUAGUCUUGCAAAACAAUGGGUACAGUGAUGAUAUGCACUUUACAUUACGGGUACGAAAGUUAGCAUCUAUCUAAGAAACUUGGUAUGCCGUUUUGUGAAGAAAAAUAAAUCGGAAACUACCAUAAUUGAAAUAUGUAACUAUCUUGAUCAUGAUUAGGAAUCUAAGUUGAUUUUAAAACAGAAUAAAUAAUAAAGUAGAAGGCUGGAAUGCUGGAUUUUCAUUAAUACUAAGACAUACGAGAUCAAUUAUUUGGAAAAUUAUAGUUUGUGAGUUUGUCUGAAAAAAGAAGAGGGUUUACUAUUUACAAUCUAUUCACAUGUAGAACGAUUAGUAAAUGUGAGGAAAGCAGUUAUAAGUGAGGCAUUUGAGGGAAGAAGCCACCCAUUAGUGGCACUAUCUAGUUUGAGUUUUUAUUUUAUUUUAUUUUAUUUUUUUUUAUAACUAAGUUUAAUGAUCAUUAAGCAGAUCACGACACCAUUUUCGCUUUAACCGUUUUGGGAAUUACCUGGAAUGGAUAGUGUUGACCGGUGUUGUACGAUUGAGAACGUUUUACCUUUUUGGUAAGACGAUUGAGAACGAUUGCCGGCAGAUCAAAGACAUAAUAUUUUGUACCUUAUAAUCAAAUGAUUUUCGAGCGACAUUGCCAUUAUGAGUAUUUAAACUUUAAAGUAUAAAUAUAGUCAUAAUAUUUACAAUUUUUUUCAAGAGGGUUGGAGUGGAUAGGUAGUUUAUUAUGAAAUCUUUUGUAGUAAAACUUUGCUUUAUCAAGUACUGUUUAUAUUUUUAAGUCAUAGUGGAAUGUAAGAUUAGAAACAUAGGGAGGGGCGUUAGUUAUUUUUCUUAAGGAAAUAUGUUGAAAAAUUUGAAUUUUUUGAAUAUUUGUUUUUUUUGCACUACCCUAGAGCUGAAGUCCAUAAUUCCAUAUUGGUUUUAAGAGAGUCUUGCAUAUUACCAAUUUGAUUUUAAGAUUUGUGUGUAUAUUUUUGUGUAGUAGUUUGUUUAUCAUGCGUAGACGAUUGUUUAGCUGUUGCCUUCUUGACCUAAUGUGUUGCGCAUAUGUUAGACGACGAUCUAAUAAAAGUGCUAGUUACUUUACAGUUUGGGAAGAGGAAAUUUAGAUCCCAUAAAGAGCAACAUUGGGACAUUGAGCCAUUUUUAAAGUGUAUGUAGUGUGAUAGGAUUUAUCUUGGCCAUAAUUUUAAUUUUUAAAUGUAUACCUAUUGCUUAUACAUUAAUUUGAUUUUACUUUUUAUAAAUAAUUAAUAUUUUGGUCGUGACAAGUACAUAUAAUAUGUAUUUAAUUUAAUAAAUACUCCAAUGUUAAAAAAAAUUAUCAAAGUUACAUAUAUGUAUAAAUAUUAAUUUUGUUAUGAAUGUUAUGUAUGUGACGAAUAAACGUAUGGCCAAAUGAAGCAUAUUUCGAAAUUGCAAGCAAUAAAAUAUCGCAGAUUAACAAGAAACUUCUGCUGAUCAAAAUUCACUAUUUUUUGGGAAUUGGUGGUUAUGCGCCACUUGUUCCAUUUCUGUCGACGAUGGCUAAACAACGUGGCUAUUCGUCAUUUAUUGUUGGUUUAAUUUUCGCUGUAAUGCCGAUUCCGGGGUUGUUAGCUAAAUUAACUUUUGGGACGAUUACGGAUAAAUUUAACUGUCGCCGGAUGGUAUUUGUUUUAAGCGUAUUCAUAACGUCAUUAUUGGUGUUUGUAAUGUUUUUAAUACCUGAUACAAAUACCAAGGAAGAAAUGGGUGAUUCGGAUGCGAUUAGGUCACCGUUGUUUUGGAUAUUUUGGAUUACAAUUACUUUAUUCUCAGCGACGGCUAUGGUGAAGAAUGUUUUGGAAGAUACAAUUUGUAUGGAACUAUUAGGUGAAAACAAACAUAAAUAUGGAGAACAGAGAUUGUGGGGAUCUAUUGGUUAUAGUUUAUUAGCCAUUGUUUCUGGUGUAUGUAUAGACUGGUAUAGCGAAGAACAAGAGUUCAAAAAUUAUACACCAUGUUUUGUAAUUUCAUUGAUAUGUUUCAUUUUGGAUAUAGUUGUGGUGUCAACAAUCAAGGUUGUACAACAAAGUCCAUAUACUAAGAAGGUGUCAUCAGAUAUCAAAAAAUUGCUGACUGAAGUUAAAAUUUUAGCCUUUCUUGUCUGGAUUGUAUUAUUUGGAUUUUUCGUUUCGUUCAUAUGGAAUUUUUUAUUCUGGUACUUGGAAGACUUGUCAAAUUUUUAUCAUCCUGAAACAAAAUCUUGGAUUAAGACACUUCAAGGACUAGCUAUACUUAUCCAAUGUUUCGGUGGCGAAGUACCAUCGUUUUUUCUAUCGGGUUUUAUACUAAAACGCGUAAGUCACAUGAACGUAUUUUCCAUAAUAUUUUUUGUGUAUGCGUUAAUGUUUUUCCUAUUUUCAAUUAUCAAAAACCCUGUUUACAUCUUACCAGUUGAGAUACUUAAUGGCGUAACAUUUGCAUUGUUUUACUCUGGAGCCAUUUCGUAUGCAAAUCUUUCAACUCCUGCCGGCGCCGAAGGAACGUUUCAAGGAGUUAUCGGAACAGCUUUAACAGGAUUAGGAACGCCUAUUGGAAACUUAAUUGGCGGCUAUAUGUUCAAAAUUGUCGGAAGCAUUGUUUCCUUCAAAAUAUUGAGUGUGCUUGCGCUAAUUACGUGCAUAAUACAAAUUAUUGUAAACCAAAUAAUAAAUCAUUUUUCGAAAAAUAUAAAUAUUAAUACAACUUCUUGAAGAGGUGAAUCAAAAGUUGAUAUUAAUUUUAUAACGUUAUAGCUUAUUAAUAUUGUAAGUUUAGUGUUUACUAAAAUAUUUUAAUUACCUGAAUUACAUAUUAAAUAUAUUUUUAUUUUUUAUGCAGCAGUUGAAUAUUAUACUAUAGUAUAAUUAUGAUUUAUUUUUAUAUACUGUAUUAAAUUGUAUAAGAAAAAAAUUUAAAAAAUGUUAUUUUAAGAUACGGAAAUAUUAUUUGUUAUACAUUAAAUGAGUGAUGUAAAAUUUAAAUAUUUUUAUAGUAU